CUCGCAAUAAUAUUUUUACCAGGGGUCGGUACCCUCCUUGAAUCUUAGGUCUCACUUAUUACAUAAUUUAAUUUUCAAAAUGAACAAAUUUUUAGUGAUCGCUCUCUUUUUGGCUGUCGCCUUUGCCGAGGAGAAGGAAGAAAGUAAAGAAGAUGGACCGAAGACUUACAGGAGGUUGAUACCUGCUGAUGUUCUUAGAGACUUUCCUGGCAUGUGCUUUGCUUCAACCCGAUGUGCAACAGUAGAACCAGGCAAAUCUUGGGACCUCACACCAUUCUGUGGACGUUCUACUUGCGUAGUAUCUGAAGACAAACCACCACGUCUAUUGGAAUUGGUAGAAGAUUGCGGACCACUUCCGUUGGCCAAUCCUAAAUGCAAACUUGAUGAAGAUAAAACCAACAAAACUGCAAGUUUUCCUUACUGCUGUCCUACCUUCAGUUGCGAAGAAGGAGCUAAACUAGAGUACCCAGAAAUUCCAACUGUAGCGCCUGUUCCGGAAGAACCUGCAACCACGACUACCAAAGCUUAAACUGUUUAAUAAAGUUUCACUCCUUGUUUCCUUUUUUCACUCUUAAUAGUUGGUAAAAAGUGAUCGUAGUAAACUAGCAGGAAUAUUUCGUAUUUUGAAGUGUUCAAAAUAAUUGAACAUUUUUAUUUCGAAUACUUAUUCUGCUAGUUUACAUUACAAAAAAAAAACAAUAAUAAAUUUCUAUUUUCUUUACCUUUACUUCACAUUAAUUCCUUUUCAAAUUUCUUUUCCUCUUACCCGACUCACAGUUGUAAAAUCUCCACUCAUCAAUAUUACAGUAGGUCCAACAAUAAUUGUGAUACAGCAUCAUAUUUAGUUUUUUUUUUUUUAAAUUUGGCUUUAUUUGUGCUGAGUAUUUUUGUAUAUGUUAAAUAUUUUUUGUAACCUAAUUUGAAAAUAAAAUUAAUUUAUUAGA